AUGACAGCAGUAGUUAGUUUAUUCAGACUUUACACAGUAAUCAGACUAUUUGAGCAUUAUUCUCACUGGACAAAUGAAAGAUCUAAAAGAGUUUGCAAAAUAAAUGGAGCAUAAGCAAAUGCAUUUUUUGCAUUAAAAGCUUACUUGACUUUAAAACCUUAUGUAAUUCUUACUGUUGGCCUAGUAGUUUCGACAUUCGUUCUCGGAUUUGCUUUAAGAAUAUUUGAAAUUGGAUUAAAAGAAUCAAAUUUUGAAUAUGCCUGGAAUUCUUUUUGGGUAGUGAUCCUAACUAUGACCACUAUUGGUUAUGGUGAUAUCUAUCCAAAAACACAUCUUGGACGUAUUACUUGCAUUGAAGAAUAAGUCUAUGAAGCAAUAAUCAUGGAGAGAGCAGUAAGAAAACAGUUAAAGAAGGAUGCAGGUGUGAUAAUGAAAGAAUUCAUUUUGCUUACUUACUUAAGAAGAAAGCAAUUAGAAAGUAAGAGAAGAACAAGACUACUCAUGGGUCUAAUCGCUAGAUCUAGCAGAUUCAAGAUUAAGAGAUUAAAUGUUUAAUAAAAAGAAGAGGAUAAUGAUGAAUUACUUAGCUAGAUGCAAGGAUAAAUUGAUGACUCAUUGAAAGAGCUUAAAACAGGUUUAGAUAGUAUGAGAAUUCUGUUUGAAAAUGCUAAGAAAACUUAAGAGGAAUAGCAUGAAUUUGAACUGCACGUUAAGAGAUCGCAUAAGUUAUCUGUAUGCUUGGUCAAUCUAGCAUCUCUCUUAACUGAAUUUGGUCCUAUUAGACCAAUAAAAUCUAUGAAAGAAAUUGAAUCUAGAAAUGUACUCAGUGCUGAAGAAUUGAAGGAAAGGAUCUUUAGAAAGAGAUAUGCUCAAGGAAAUCCAGAAGAGCUAUCCAGAUUAAUGAUGAAAGAAAUUGAAAAUGAAGAAGCUGAAGAAAGAUACGAGGACGGUGAGGAUGCUGAUGAUGAUGACUAUGAAGAUAGUUCCCCAGAUUAUAGUGAUUAUUCCCCUGUUUCUCCUGAUAAACGAAGAUGA